AUGUUAACUCCACGUUUCGAGUUAACCCAAAGUGAUUCUGAAGUUGUAAUAACAGUACAUGCUCCAUAUGCAAAUAUUAAAGAUACAGAAGUCUAUGUUGAUGGCACUGACUUCAGAUUUUUCUCAUCGCCCUAUUAUUUACGAUUAAAGUUACCCGGUGAGAUAGAAGAGAACGAUGCAUCUUCUGGGUCAUACGAUUGUGAAAAGGGAGAUUUUGUUUUUCGUUUUUCUAAGGUACAUGUGGGCGAACACUUUGAAAAUUUGGAUAUGAUAACAACUCUACUUGCACCCCCUAAAAAGAAAACUACAGUAGUACCAACCAUUGAAGUUAUAAGUAAUCCUGUCGUAAACUGUGAAGAUAGUAUACAUGGAAAUUCAAACGAAACUACUGCUGAAAACACAUCUACAAACGAAGGAAAUGAAUGGUUUGUACCACAAAAUGUUCCAUCAGAUAAUGCAUUGUUUUCCAUCGACUCACCAAAGUAUGGUUUUGCAAGUAAAGUUUCAGGAGCUCUUGCUGCCUUUGAGGCAGCAUGGACUGGAGAAAUUAUAGAUCUCCCCCUACCUGACGCUACACCUGCCAGUGAACGCAAAUGCUUGAGAGAGAAACAUGAGUUUGAAAGUUUCAGCGAAGAACACUAUAUGGCUGAUUUAAUUCAGGAGGAAUAUCUUGAAGCAUACAUUGCCUUUGAACCUGAAUGGUACAAAUUAUUAGACACAGAAAUUUCAUUAGACGGAACUGAAAAGGAUAUACUCAAAGAACUUCCAAAUAAAGAAUAUCUCUUGGAUGAAAAUGAAAUUCAAAAAGUUUGCUGUGGAAUGGUUGACAUACUAUUUGGCAACUGUUAUAAUUACAGAGUGACUAUGGGUGAUAAUACAGUAGAAAGCGGAUGGACUAUCAAUAAAUUGAGCUCUACACUUUGUUGGUUCCAGGAAUUUAGCAAUAUGGAAGAAGUUAUAACAGCUUGCAUCCGAAGAUCUCUUUGCUAUCCACUGUACAGAAAUUGGAAUCUCUCUAUGAAAGUGUUCCAGGAUGUUAAAGCAGUCAUUAGAUUAGGAAAGAAGUAUAUCAUUAAACGUUUCUGUGAGAUUCACAGUCUUUUCAACACUUCAUACGAACCACGAUAUAUAUUGAAUCAACUGUAUAUAAAAGAUUAUUUGAUUUGGCUACAGCAAGUACCAAGUUCUGUGAUCGAAUCACUCAAUUCAGAGUUAGACGGUAUAAACCCGAAGAAACUGCAAAUGCGUUUAGAUCUGGUAGAAUUGGAAACAGCUGCGUAUUCAGUUCAUGAAGAGGACCUUGUUAUCGAGAAUGCUGUUCACGGAAUGGUGGAACAGGUUGCUGAUUUGAAGAUCGACGAAAAUGACAAGGAAAAGUACAUGUACACCAUGGAAAGCAAAAAAUUUCUAAAUUACGUGUUAAGGAAACAUAGUACAAGUUCAUCGGACAGCAGUGAUACAGAUUCUGAAACAGAAUCGGACAGCAGCAGCUCGAGUAGUAGUAGCAGUGACAGCAGUCUUGAUUCCGAUGAUACUGAUGUUAAGGAAUGAAGUUCAUAUAAUACAAAUUAUUGUUUAUUAUGAACUGUAUAACACAUGAUGAUAAAGACUGUCAUAAAAUGGUACGACUAAUAAGAAAGAGCUAUAGAUUUUAACGUGUAUGAUCAAAUAUUAAGAAUAUAGCAUCCGCCAUUAACCAUUGAAGAAAAAAGUUAAAUAACUAUUUCUAAUCUUUUUUAUACAUACAUACAUACAUGUACAAUAUAUUUGAGGUAAGAUGGUGCCUAUACAAUUUGAUUCAAUGAACAAACAUCUUAAAUCUUAUAAACGAUCUGCAAUAAAAUACAGAGAUCUGACAGA